AUGGCUCUAGACGCGCUGCCGUCGGACAUCGCGAAGCUGGUGGCCGAGGACCUCUACAAGGUCAACGAGGCCAUCUUCAACCUGCCGGAGGAGGACACGAUCGACACGGGCAUGAGCAAGACGCUUUAUGUGGCUGUCACGAAGGUCCAUGAGUCUUACUGCGCAGGGAGAUACGACAAGAAAGACCAGAACUUUUUCUACGACUACGUCGCCCUCCUGUCCACGAUGCAGAACCAGCCCUUCUUCAGCGAGAAGGAGAACAAGCAGAUGCUCAAGUGGUUACUCGAGGCGGUCGCCUCGGACUCGCCGCCCGAGCCCGCCCAGCCCGCCGCCAAGGCGGCCCCGGCGCCCUCGCUGGCGAAGGACAUCGCCAGGCUCGAGGCGGAGAACGCGGAGCUGUCCAGGCAGGCCGAGAAGAUGAGGGAGCUGUCGGACGCGGUGGUUUUUAUCCAGGGCUUCAAGCCUGUUCUGCUGGAGGCCCGCGAGCCCGCGGGCGGCGGCGGCGAGGGCGAGGCGGCCGCGGGGGAGGGGAAGAAACCCAGGAAGAGAAAGAAGGACAGGAAGAAGCGCGGCUCCGAGGAGGGCGCGCCUGACGAGGAGCCCGGGGAAGCACCCGAGGGGGCGCCAGAGGAGGAGGCCGAGGCCAGCGAGAGCUGA